AUGGCCAAAAGAUUAAGAAAAAUUGGAGGUAAACACACUUCUAGAGUUCAUGGAAAAAAUUAUGCUGAGGGUGAUACUUCUGAUUCUGAAUCCGAGUCUAAUGAUUCUUUAGAGUUAAAACUUUCUGAUCUCAAAGCUCAAGCUUCGACAUCUCAGCCUAAGAAUAAUAACUAUAAUCCUUUUGGGUCUCAGAUUGCAGAAAUAGAUUCAAU